AUGAGCAACCCGCAGGAGGACGCCGAUCGGAUCCGACUGAAGCGACUGGCGAAGCUGCAGUCGGCAGCAGCGAGCACCAGCACCACCCCCGAGCCCUCCGCCGCCGCCCCGCCGCCCCCUCCGCCCAAAAUCACACCGAAACCCUCCCCGCCUCCCCCAGCCAAGCGCCCCGCCGCGCAGCCGGCCGCGCCGCCCUCGCUCGCGCCGGCAAAGCGCACGCCCGCCCCGCAGAAGCUCGACCUCCCCGCCUGGGAGAACGACACGAUCCGCGAUGUUCUCAAGGUGACGUUGGAUAAAGGAGCCGCGGAGCGUACUGGGCAUGAGCUCAUUUGGCUGAAGCCGCUCGCGGAGGAGCUCGCGUCUGAGGAGCCUGAGCUACCCCAGCCGCGCCGGCUGGAUGCUGAGAUCCUGGAUCGCGUCCUGAUUGCACGUCUGGAGCUGGAUCCGCAGGCCAUGUCAGAUGAUUUGGAGUUCCUCCCCGUACUGGCGUCCUUGCCGCCCCAGACGAUCUUUGAGUACCUAGUUGGGUGCUGGAAGCGAAUAAAUUCUGCACGGUCAGCUCUGAUGAAGAAGAACUAUCCCCCGUCCGAGGUCCAACAGGCUCUCGGCGUCCUGGACAAGCUCCGGGACCUCGUAAUCAGCUACGCCGGACUGACCCUGCAAGAACCAGAAAUGUUUCCCCAGCCCUCUGGCCGUGACCUCGGCCCCGCCGAGCUCGUCGCCCCGCUCCUCUCCCUCACCUCCCUCUCCGCACCGCUCCUAUCCUCUUCCUACCCCGACGCAUCCCUCAGCCCGUCCGAUGUCGAGCCCUUCCUGCACGACCUCGUGCGCCGCUUCGAGCCGGACGGCGAGCUCGACGGCGUGCUCGGGCCCGUCGUCGAGCGCCUGCUCUUCCACGAGGCGCUCUUCCGCCCCGGGGGGAUUGGCGGCGGCGACGCGAGCUGGCGGGGGGUGUUGGGCGGGCUGGAGGCGCUCGUGGCGAUCAAGCCCGUUGCGGCGAUGAUCACGCGGAUGGAGAGGUGGAACCCGCCCGGGGCGAGCGCGUCGACGUUCGAGAAGGAGAGCUUGAUGGGGCCGUUGCUGCGGUUGGGCGUGUUUGAGCGGGAGUGGCCGGCGAUUGCGAGGUCGUACUACUCGGAGCCGGAGAAAAGGACGCGGCCAGAUGUCGAGUCGUCGUUUGCCAGUCUUCGGGGGACUCUGAAAACCUUACAGUCGACACUCUUCCAGGUCUUCAACACCAUCGUCCGUGCGUCCCCCGAGGCCCGGGAAGCUGUCUUGCAGUAUUUCGCACGGAUAGUCUCGCUGAAUGUCAAGCGUGCGGGGAUGCAGGUCGAGCCUGAUACUGUAACAUCCGACUCUUUCAUGGUGAACGCCCAGACGAUCCUUUUCCGGUUUGCCGAGCCUUUCAUGGACGCGCACUACUCCAAGAUAGACCGAAUAGAUCCUCUGUACUACGCCCACUCGUCGCGCAUAGACCUGAAAGAAGAGACGCGCAUCAACGCGACGAGCGACGAGGCGAAUCAGUGGGCAGAGCAGAACCGCGCGGACGGCACGCCGCCCCCGAACUUCAUAUCGGAUAUAUUCUACUUGGCGCUCGCGAUGAACCAUUAUGGGUACCAGCGGACGAUUCAGUGGUAUGAUGACCUCGCGAAGCAUAUUGAUGAUUUGCAGCGGCAUUUGGAUAUGUUGCAGGGGGAUACGUCGUGGCAAGGGACACCGUUCCAGGCGCGUGCGGAGGCUGCUAUCACUAACGUCAAGAACGAAAUGUCCAAAAUACACAUGCAACAGCUGGCGUACGAGACACAGCUCGCCGACCCGGAGCUCGUCUUCCGCUCGAUCGGGUUCGUGACCUUCGUCUCGGUGUGGAUGAUCCGAUUUGUGGACCCGAAGAAGAAGCACCCGAAUCCCGCUGUCGAAUUGCCGCUACCCAAAGAGGUUCCGCUGUCCUUCAGGGUUUUGCCGGAAUAUCUGCUUGAAGACAUUGUGGACUACUACCUGUACACCGUUCGGCAUACCCCGCAGAGCCUGGAUAUCUCCGGCAAAAACGAGCUGGUCAUAUUCUGUCUGACGUUCUUGACGUCUACGUGGUACAUCAAGAACCCGUUCUUGAAAGCCAAGAUCAACGAGGUAUUGUUCUAUGGUACCUUGCCCUUCCGGGGCGAGCGGACAGGCGUCCUGGGAGGCACCCUGAACUCGCAUCCGGUGGCGCUGAAGCAUCUUAUGUCUGCUCUGAUGCACUUCUACAUAGAGGUGGAGCAAACCGGUGCCAGCUCACAAUUCUAUGAUAAAUUCAAUGCUCGUCGUAACAUCGCUUACAUUCUUAAAGCGGUGUGGGAUAACCCAAUUCACCGCGAUGCUCUGCGGAACGAAACCAAUAACGUCGAGAAGUUUGUCCGCUUCGUCAACUUGAUGAUCAACGAUGUCACGUACUUGAUGGAUGAGUCUCUCAGCGAGCUCACGCAAAUUCACAAUAUUCAAGUAGAAAUGGAGGAUCCGUCUUGGCAGACCAAGCCUCUGCAGACGCGCCGGGAACGAGAGGCGACGCUGCGCCAACUUGAACGGCAUGCCAUCGGCUAUACGACUCUCGGCCGAUCGACGGUAGACAUGCUGAGGCUUUUCACUGCGGAGACAAAAGGACCUUUCAUGAUGCCGGAGAUUGUCGGCAGGUUGGCGGCGAUGCUGGACUAUAAUCUGGAUGUCCUCGUCAAUCGUGCCGCCGAUCUGCAAGUCAAGGACAAGGAGAAGUACAAGUUCAAUCCUCGACAGCUCUUCAGUGAUAUACUGCAAGUGUAUCUGAACUUGAGCGAUCAAGGUGACUUUGCGCGGGCCGUUGCUGAAGAUGGGCGCAGCUACAAGAAGGAGUUGUUCGAGAAGGCGAUGUAUAUUGCGCGACAUCGGAGCCUGAAGACCCCGGACGAGGUCGAGAAGCUGAGGAUGUUCGUGGUGAAAGUCGAGGAGACGAAGGCUACCAUUGAAGCAGAAGAAGAUUUGGGCGACAUACCUGAUGAGUUCUUAGAUCCACUCAUGUUCACGUUGAUGCGUGAUCCCGUCAUCCUGCCAUCGUCUCGGACAGUCAUAGACCGCUCCACCAUCAAGGCCCAUCUUCUGUCAGAUAGCAAGGACCCAUUCAACAGACAACCCCUCAGCAUCGAAGAUGUGGUACCGGACACUGCACUCAAGGCUCGUAUUGAUGCCUUCUUGGCUGAACGUAAACGGAAAGGCACGGCCCUCGAUAUUCCACCGGAGGAUAUUGUCAACAUGAACAAUGAAACCGCGGAUGCGCAAAUGGAGGGCACAUGA